CUCCCAGCCGCCUGGCCGCCCUCGGGGAGCCCAGGGUGAAGAGCAGUGAUGCUCACUCUGGCGAGCAAACGGAAGCGGGAUGACGGGCUCAAAGGGUCCCACUCCUCAGCCCCCACCUCCGAUUCCACGCGGAGCGUGUCUGUGAGAGACAAGCUGCUCGUCAAAGAGGUGGCAGAGCUUGAAGCAAACUUACCUUGUACCUGCAAGGUGCACUUUCCUGAUCCCAACGAACUCCACUGCUUCCAGCUAACCGUGACCCCAGAGGAGGGUUACUACCAGGGUGGAAAAUUUCAGUUUGAAACUGAAGUUCCUGAUGCCUACAACAUGGUGCCCCCCAAGGUGAAGUGCUUGACCAGAAUCUGGCACCCCAACAUCACAGAGACGGGGUACAUCUGUCUGAGUUUACUGUGAGAACAUUCGAUUGACGGCACUGGCUGGACUCCCACGAGGACGCUGAAGGAUGUUGUUUGGGGAUUAAACUCCUUAUUUACUGAUCUUUUGAAUUUUGAUGAUCCACUGAAUAUUGAAGCUGCAGAACAUCAUUUGCGGGACCAGGAGGACUUCCGGAAUAAAGUGGAACACUACAUGAAGCGGUACGCCAGGUGAUACAGGAGGCCUGCAGGGCGGGGACUGUGCGCUGCCCU